GCAAACAGAUUUAUUAAUAGAUUCCAUGAAGAAAGAAGAACAAAAUUAAGUUUGAUUUUGGACAAUGAAAGAUGGAAGCAGGCAGAUGUACCAACAGAAUUUCAAGACCUUGUCUAUCAUAUAUCUAACACAGGUCAUUUAUGUAUUCCAGAAACCAAAAUUGAGAUAGAGAGAAGUCCUGGUGAAUAUCUAAUAGUAGAUGGUGACAAUUAUGCUGUUGUAGGGACAGUGUUAUUACUAUUGAAGAUGGUGAUAGAGUAUUGUCAGUGUUCAGAUGAUAUUCCAGCAGUGUCUGCAGAUCUUCUAACUAGACUUGUAGAUCUACUUAAGAUAUUUAAUUCAAGGACUUGUCAGCUGGUGCUAGGGGCUGGUGCAUUAGAAUUAGUAGGCCUCAAAACUAUAUCAACUAAAAAUCUAGCUUUAGCAUCACGCUGUCUACAACUAGUUGUUUAUUAUAUGCCGAUGGUUAGAAAACAUUUUGAGGAGAAGCUAGUCAAUAAUAAAACAAUCAACAUGCUUAAACAUUUCGAUCAAAUAUUAAAGGACUAUCAGGACCAUAUAGACGAGAUCUCAAAUAAACUAGUCACCAUAAUGGAGAGCAUGGUAGAUUCACAGUUAUCAAGGUGGGAAGUGAAGGCUCCCAUGCCGUCCUCCUGUUUCCGUGCAAUAUGUAAACAAAUGGCAAAACUUCAUGAAGCUAUCAUUGACAUUCUUCCUCAGGAACAAGUAAAGGCAAUAUUUACCAGAAUCAAUCAAACAUUUAAGAAAGUGUUACGACAACAACUCGUUCAUCUCAAUGUAACAAAUAAUGGAGGACCACAACAUGGGCUUGUAACAUCAGAUCUGACAUUCUAUGCGGGCAGCUUUAAAACACUGAGAGGCCUUGAAGAUUUAGCACAAGAUGUUCACGACGUCUGGGACAAGAGAUGACCUUCACCUCUUAUGCUGAUGAUUAUCUGGGUCACUGUAUGACCUUGACAUUGAGUCAAUGAGGCAGUCACCUUCACUGCUUGUGGGUUUAGAAGUCAUCAUCAAAUGACCUUGACCUCAUUGCAGCUAUAACCUUCAUUAUUCAAGCUUCAUGGUUAUCAAGGUCAACAUAUGACCAUCUGUUGGGUGCACUCAUUGUAAUCCAAUAUUUAAUAAUCUGAAGGAUAUACAAAAGACUUAUAGGUGUCUCCAUCAUUGUUCAUGAGGACAGGAUCACAGUUCAUCUUAUCAACUGGCAUGUACGCUACUCAUGGUCAAGUGGGUUAUUUAACUUAAGAACAGACUUCAGUUUUAGUCUCACUUGUUCAUGCUGACUUUUAACACAUUUAUGUCUCAGAUGUUGAAAGUUUGUUCUAUUUACAUAAUGUACUUUAUCAUUAUAUAUAUUUUGGGGUAAUAAACACUGGGAAAUAAAAGAAGGUCAAUCCUAUUUCAUAUGGAUAUGCAAAGUUAAUGCAAACAUUAACCUUUGACCUUAAGCUGCUUUCAGUUUAACCUUCACCUUAACUCCUCUAGAUAUGUUUAUAAUAUUGUAUGACCUUUUAGCUGUUGAUUUCUUCUUUUUUAAAGCUACUUGCAAAACAUAUCUGAAAGGUUACUAACAGCUGAACUAUGUAGACACAUUAAGUAUUAGACAGUGAAUGACCUUCACCAAAGAGACUUAUUAGAAUAUAGCUUCCAUUUGUAGAUAAGAAUAUUUUUUAUCAAGUAUGAUAUUAAUUAUAUCAAACUAAUUUUUAUUUGGGUUGAGAAAAAUGAAUAACUUAAAUGUUAACAUGAGCCUAUUGCAGCAACUCUAUGUACAUGUAUCUUGAAACAGGCUUUUUUUUUCAUUUUUAGUUUUGAGGUAUGCAAAAUAUCACAUUUCUUUCUCAGCCAUUGAGCAUUAGAAAACCAUCAAACUUUAUAAAAAAAAAAAUGUUUUCUUUUUAAAGGAACUGAGUAUUUGAUUAUGUAUUACUAGCUAUUGUUGCUCUAAAUUUACAUAUGUUUUAUAAUCUAUAAGACCUGAAAGAAGACGAAAGGGGCCAAGUAAGUAAAAUUUGUUUAUAUAUCUUUUAAAGCUCAAUGAUUUUGGUUCACUCCUGGCCGUACUUAGGAGUCUGCUUAUGUCUUUAAUUGUGCUAAGUUGGUCUUCUAAGGUCUUUCUUAAAAGUGGUAGAAUGCUGGAGUUGUUAAUGUGUUCUAUCUAGUUGUUUAAGGAUUGCUGGCAGUAUGGGUUCAAAAGCCUUUACACUCACUGCUGAAUACUGAUUUUUUCCAGAAACAGAUUUAAAUAUAUGACUUUAAGCUUUAAUUUCAAGUCUAAAUAAAUUCUGUGCAAUUUUACAAUUUCCUACAUUGUUAUGGCUUGAAAGUCACCAUAUGACUGUCCAUAAUAAUUGUUUGUCAGGCUCUGAUUUCAAAUUAAACAAGAUCAUUUAAUAAUAUUUGAACUUAUUUUUUGCCAAUAUUUAUCAUUCAAUACACAAAAAUCUUCCAUGCAUGUAAUCAACUUAUCAGUUUAUUUAACAAGUUCUUGUUGUAGAUUUAUUAAAAAAGUUGCCCAAACUUAUACUUUAUACAUAUAUGAGCCGCAUCACGACAAAACCAACAUAAUGGGUUUGCGACCAGCAUGGAUCCAGACCAGCCUGUGCAUCCUCGCAGUCUGAUCAGGAUCCAUGCUGUUCGCUAUCAGUUUCUUGUUAUAGUGUCUGUAAGCGAAUAGCAUGGAUCCUGAUCAGACUGCGCGGAUGUGCAGGCUGGUCUGGAUCCGUGCUGGUCGCAAACCCAUUAUAUUGGUUUUGCCAUGGCGCGGCUCAUAUAUGUUAGGUCAGUGAGUUUUGUCUGCAUAUAAACUGUAUUUAUUAGUCAAGUCCUUUAAUAGUUGUAUGUU